AGGCUUAUUGGCGAAAAAAUGUCUGAAUCUUUUUAGGCAAUUUUCCUAAAAAAUCCGGAGUCACAGGUGAGAAAAAACAAAGCUUCUACCCGUCAAAAGCAUGAUGUCGGAUGCUUCGUUACUGAUUCGGACUAAUAGGUUGAUUGACGCUUGCGAGCGGGCAGAUGUUUCCCGUGUCGAGCGUUUGCUACAGGAAAAAGCCUACCGCAAAUUGGUGAACGCGCGCAGUCCGAUGCGGGAAAAUCAGACCGCGCUGGGGGCUGUCAUGCGACUGCUGUUGCAGUGCAUUGCGGACAUCGUUGUGCUUGAGGAGCGAAAGACGAAGUUGAUCCACCACCUUCCGCAUCUCCAAACUAGGGAGCAGGGCGUCAAUGCUGGUAUAAUUGGAGGACGAGCACCGCAACAGUCCUCUCGCGAAGACGACGAUGCUGACCGAAUAAUUGGUGAUGAUGACGACGCUGCCGGUCGUGACAAGGAGGUGCACGACGACCUCGUCCCCGACCGGACGAUGUUGAACACACUACAUGUAGUCCAGCAAGCACCCGUUGUACCUCGCCGGACUAUGACUGCUACAGACCGGGGCGUGCUCCGCGCGGUGGGUCGGUGUCAGGAGCUGGCCACGCUUCUCGUCACCAGGUUCGGUGCCAGUGUGCACCUGGUGAAUGUGCGCACGGGCACGCCGCGGGUCGCGUUGCCACUCGUGCCCAAGAACUGGAGGAAGCGCCCGGUGUUUGAAGCUGUUGUCGUUUUUCUCGCGGAGCUCGCGGAGCAGGUUUCUUGCGAAGUGAACGACGAAUGUCUGAAGAUUCUGUCCGACCUGUUGCAGCUUUUCACCACGAGUGAGCCUGCUUUGCUGCACGAACCGAUCUUGAUACAACACCUGCAGGCGCUCCCUGUGGCCGUGCGGCGCGAGGCCAACUGGUUCCGUCGAGGACCGUUAUUGCUCCUCUGGAGGGGACCACGCAAGAGCUCGCUUUCUCCACAGGAAGUUCUUCCUACUCGACAAAACACGACACGUACGGAGCAGGGCGAAAGACCGGAAGGACGAUCAGUGGCAGAAGUGCAGGACAUCGAGGGCGCCACUGCAGCGCCGCAAGAACCGUCCGCAGCGCCGCUUGCCGUCGUUGCAGCCGCAUCGCAGCAAGGCGACGAAAGUCCCAAGACACCGCACCCACGCUGGAACUUGCGCAGCAACAAGCAAAGAGAUCUUGUUUCACAGCUGAGCGGUGAGCGCCUCUUGGUAGCGUCUUUCCGAAGCAUACCCGAAGACGUGCUACGUAUUGUACUUAACUUUGUAUAAACAAAAACCUACUUCAUUCUACACACAGGGCGUUUUAUCAGGUUUCACUUUCUCUUUCUGCGUCUGUAUAAUGCUAGUGCGGCAUGACGUGAACGUAGCAAUGUACAAUUUUGUACCAAUCUUCGCAGCCACUGAACUAGAACUACUUUUUGUUGUCUCCGUUUAUCGGAAAAAGGAACUACCAAAU